AUGUGGCGGCUGCUGCUGGGCCGAAGCUGGGGCCGCUGCGGGCCGACCCCCGCCCGGCCCGCCUGCGCCCCCGGGCUGGGCCAGGGCCGCGGGCACAGCCCCGAGCGGGCGCCCGCGUGUGAGGAUGGCCCGGAGCGAGGAGAGAGGCGGCAGCCGCUGCCCCGCCUGGUGCCCCGCUACUCCGUGCUGGAGGCUGUCACCUGGGGAGCGCUGGGCGCGCUGCUCCUGCAGCUCGUCAGGCAGGUGGCGUGGCUGAGGUCGCUGCCGGACGCCCGGAGGGAGCGGAGGUGUCCCUGGCUGUCCCCGCUGCCCCCCCAGCACACAGUGGUGACUGAAGCCUCAACCAGCUGUCCCAGUGAGCAGUUGGGGUCCCAGUUCCUGCAGAAAGCAAUUCCAGAGGCCACAGCAGAGAAUUCAUCCUCAGGCAUCCCCUCAGGGCAAGAAGAGAGCCAGCCCUGGGCAGAAGUAGGGCUCAGAGGACGCGGAGAGAGGCGUUUUCGUCCCGCUGGUCCUUCCCGGCUGAACUCCGGAGUCACGGCAAGGCGGCCACCGCACCAAGAAAAGGGUGACCCAGCUCAGCGAGGGCAUUUAGAGGAAGCCGCUUUCCAAUUGCAGCAGAUUUUCCGGAUUGAUAUUUCCAUUGCCUUGAAUAUCCUCGGCAUCGAGAGCAUGAGGGCAGGGCACUGCAGGACAGGCUUCACCUGCUUCAAACUGGCUGCUGAUCGAGGCUACAGCAAAGCCCAGUUCAACGUGGGCCUGUGCUAUGAGCAUGGCAGAGGCACGGAAAAAGACCUGGAAAAGGCAGCUCUUUAUUACUGCCAUGCUGCCAGCAGCUGCCACCCCAUGGCCCAGUACCGUUACGGGAGGUACCUCCUGCAGCACAGCCCUGGCCAGCAGUGGGACAGGCUCCAGAGGGCCCUGACGUUCCUGGAGGGAGCAGCAACGGCUGGGAUCAUAGAGGCACAGGCUUAUCUUGGAGUGUUCUACAUGAGGGGGCUGCAGCCCCAGGAAAAGAGGGGUCUGAAGUACCUGCUGCUGGCAGCAAACAGUGGUGAUGCCCAAAGCAGGUACCACGUGGGUGUUUGCUACGAGCAGGGCCUUGGGGUGCAGCAGAACCUGGCAGAGGCACUGAGACACUACAGGGAGGCAGCUGCUGCUGGGAACAGGCAUGCCCAGGAGAGACUGAAGCUGUGGGAAGAGGAGCUGGAAGAUGUGCAGGCAAAGCAUCCAUUCCCUUCAGGAAUACGAGCCUCUUCCUCGAGCCCCAGUUUCUGGGCUCUGGAGCCUGUGUCUGCAGAUCUCCACAGCACCCAGCCAGGAUGUGCCCUCCCCCUGCCCCACUCUUGGAGCACAGACAGACUCCAUGUGAUGCUGCUGAGCAGUGCAGGAUGGAGCCGUGCCUUCGGACACAGGACAGUGCCUCUGGAAAGGCAGUUCUGGGAGCCCCAUGGCUGCUGUUCCUAGAGCAGGCAGCACCAGCAGAACCUACAGAACAGCAGCAGUGUCCUCCAGCCCCAGGCCCUUCCCACGUGCCGACAGCUGCCGCAGGAGCCCCGCGCCUGUCUCGCUGUGGACUUGGACCUUCUG